CCCUACUCCACAAUAAAAUUUAGCAAUAUUAACAUUCAUACGUACUAUGUUAUCAUCGACCAGUCCAAACUUCUCUCUCACGAUUCCAUUCAAAUUCCAUCUUUUGUUUUCAGUUCUCAACUCCACGCACAACACCCAAGAUUGAUAUAUUGAGGGAAUCCUAAGCCGACCAACAAACAGGAAAAAGAAAAGGAAAAUUCAUUGGAAAAGAAAAGAAAAGAAAAGGAAACGAAAGUGAGGGUUCUUGGAGCUUUAUUAGAUUCUUGAUUGAUCAGAGGAUCCAUAAACGAAGCAUUGACUGGUUAAAGAGAUGGGUACUGUUGUUGAUGUGUUGCGGAACUGUAAAAGAAUUACAAGUGAGGUGAAACAGAAUGAGGAGUAAGAAUUGGAUCAGAGAGCAGAGGAGGAUUCGGAUAAGACGCAGGUUGGGGAAGAUCACACAGUGUUUCUGCUCAGGAGAGCAAUUAAGAGUAGAUGAAAUGGUUCCUUCAUCUGAAUCCCUUGCAACCAAGGAUUAUUCAGAGAAUGGGUAUUCGUCUCAUGCUGGUGAGAUUAGACAGAAGCCAGAUACCGGCAAUAUUGAAGAAGCUGAAUCCUCUCUGCGGGAGACUGGUGGUUUGAAUUAUGAGGAAGCAAGAGCAUUGUUGGGAAGAUAUGAAUAUCAAAAGGGAAACAUUGAAGCUGCCUUGCAUGUAUUUGAAGGCAUAGAUAUUGCUGCAGUGAUUCCAAAGAUGAAACUUGCCCUUGCUAAAAAAGAACGCCAUAGGCGACGCUCACAAAGGGGUUUUUCCCCACCGAUGUCAAUACAUGCUGUUAGUUUACUCUUGGAAGCAGUCUAUCUCAAAACAAAGUCAUUGCAGGAUCUCGGGAGGUAUAGAGAAGCUGCCAAAUCAUGCAAAGUUAUUCUGGACAUUGUUGAAUCUUCAUUACCAGAAGGCCUGCCUGAAAACUUUGGUGUUGACGGUAAACUGCAGGAGACUCUAAACAAGGCAGUUGAGUUGCUUCCUGAAUUAUGGAAACUUGCUGAUUCUCCUCAGGAAGCGAUCUUGUCAUACCGGCAGGCCCUUCUCCAUCACUGGAACCUUGAUGUAGAAACUACAGCAAAGAUUCAAAAAGAGUUUGCCAUUUUUCUUUUGUACAGUGGAAGCGAAGCAAUCCCUCCAAACCUUCGUUCCCAAAUGGACAGUUCAUUUGUACCUAGAAACAAUAUCGAAGAGGCUAUUCUUCUGUUGAUGAUUCUAUUAAGAAAAGUUUCUCUCAAAAGAAUCAACUGGGACCCAUCAAUUAUGGAUCACCUUUCAUAUGCUUUAUCUGUGUCAGGGGAACUACGGCCAUUAGCUAAUCAAGUGGAGGAAUUGCUUCCAGGGAUCAUGGAUCGAAAAGAAAUUUAUCUCACACUAGCCCUCUGUUAUUAUGGAAAUAGUGAGGACUUGGUUGCUUUGAAUUUGCUGAGGAAAUUGAUGGGUAAUAGAGAGGAUACAAAAAGUGUUCUGGCUUCAUUAAUGGCUUCAAAGAUUUGCACGGAAAACUCCAAGUAUGCGGAAGAAGGGAUAAGUUUUGCUUGCAAAGCCAUUGAAAGCUUGUCGGGUAGAUGUGAUCCUAUGGUAGGUGUUGCCAACUGUUUAUUGGGAAUCUCACUUUUGUCUCAUUCUAGAUCAGUUCUGGCUGAUGCUGAGAAGGUUAAGAGACAAUCUGAGGCACUCCAAGCUCUUGAAAGUGCCGGGAAAAUGACAAGAAUGAGAGACCCCAAUAUUGUUUACCAUCUCAGCCUCGAAAAUGCUGAGCAGAGAAAGUUGGAUGCUGCACUGUAUUAUGCUAAGCGCUUACUAAAAUUAGAAGGUGGGUCUAAUCUUAAAGGGUGGAUAUUGUUGGCUCGGAUAUUAUCUGCGAAGAAGCGGUUUGUGGAUGCUGAAACUGUCAUAAAUGCUGCUCUAGAUCAGACUGGGAAAUGGGAUCAAGGAGAAUUGUUGCGAACUAAAGCUAAACUCCAAAUUGCUCAGGCUGAGUUAAAGAAUGCCAUUGAAACAUACACUCAGCUUCUUGCUAUUCUUCAAGUUCAGAGUAAAAGCUUCAGAUCUGGGAAGAAGCAUUUGAAGGGCAAUGGAAACUGUGAUAGAACUUUGGAAUUGGAAACAUGGCAUGAUCUGGCUUGUGUCUACAUAAGCUUGUCACAGUGGCAUGAUGCUGAGAUUUGUCUUUCCAAAUCCAAGGCCAUUGGUCAUUAUUCUGCUUCUAGAUGGCAUGUCACUGGCGAGGCGAGAUUUUGUGAUAUAGCUAAAGUGAAAGGGGGAAGUGUUGUUUCCCGCCGUGGUGCGCAACAAUCGCUAGCAGGUUUCUCUGGCAUUUCCAAGUCGAAAGUGGAUAAAUCCAAGAAAAGUCUUUUUAAGGCCAAGGAGGACACGGAUCCCCCGAGCGUUCCUCCAGCAAAUUACUGGUGUAGGGUGCCUUUCUUUGGUGGAAUGGACUUAUUUGGGCGAGGGUGGACUUAUUUGAUGACAGUGGCGAGGGCCCAAUUGAUUUGCUUCUUGGUGGGGUUGAGCCAGAGAAAGAGGUUGAGGCUUUUGUUCCUCCAGAGUCUAUUGUGCGUUUUCAUGUGGAGAGGGGCAUUUAUCCUUAUUCUUUUCCUGCUUUUGAGGAUUAUACGGGGCCCAAAGAUGACUUUGAUGUCUGGAGUGCAGCUAUCUUUCGUCAUCCCUCAUAUUGUGAGGUGCUUGCUGGAGCUAAAAUUGCUAUUGCUAUUUCUCAGUGUAUGCGGAUUAGACGGGAGCCAUCUUGGCUAGAAUUCGCACUGUCACGUUGGAGUUUGAGCUCUUACACUUUUAUUACGCAGUGGGGAGAGACGACUCCUACUCUGGAGGAUGUAGCUAUUUUGAUGGAGUUAGAGCACCUUGGAUCAGCGAAUCCUAGCACAAGAAGUUUGUCCCUUAGCCAGAUGGCUAUUGUUGCGAGGUUGGAGGAUGUCGUGGCACUGGCAGGGAAGCUAUUGAGUCGUUAUCAAAAUAAAGUGUUGGUUACGCCUCAAUCACGAAAACGACUGAAAAAUACUUUUGAGGGAUGGCUUCGUUACUGGUUUCGAGAUCUUAGCCAUCAGGUCCAAGGAAACGUGGAGGAUGGAUUUACAAGUCCAGGAAUGGAAUGGGACAAAUGGGGGAGUGUUGAACAUUUAGCUGCUUUCAUUACCUAUUGGCUGUCGUUGUACGUCUUGUUGCGUAGGCUUCAGGACGGUAUUUGUCAUGAGCUCUUUCCUCUUGCUGCGAUUCUUGCCUCCGGCCGUCCUAUUUUGUCGGCUCCUUUAUUUCUGGGGGGCUAUAUAAGAGGUUGGAUAUGUAUCAAGAGGGUGUUGAUUGUUCCCAAG